AUGUUAUUUCACGUCGUGAAUAAACUUCAGGUGCCACUUUUUUCAUUUGGGGCUACAGAUCCAACUCUUUCUUCUCUGCAGUACCCAUACUUCCUCCGUACAACGAUAAACGAUCAUUUUCAAAUGUAUGCAAUUGCUGAUUUGGUGCAAUAUUUUGGAUGGAGAGAAGUAGUUGCCAUCUUUGUUGACAAUGAUUAUGGUAGAAAUGGGAUUUCGAUUUUGGAUGAUGCACUUACUAAGAACCGUGCUAAGAUUUCUUACAAAGCUGCAUUUGCUCUUGGACCUUCAAUAAGUGACAUUAACAUCCUAUUGGUUGAAGUAAACUUGAUGGAAUUGCGUGUUUUUUUGAUUGCUACUGAUUGGCUUCCUUCUCUUCUAGAUCCUUCGGCAACUAAUAGUCCCGAGUGA